AUGUCGAACUUGUACGUUCGCGAGGGCAUUUCAAGUGUCCAGCCACCACUAUCGCAGGCUGUUGGAUAUAUUGUUGUCGUCGCGAUUGGUGUCAUCAUUGCCCUAGUCAUGAUGCUCAUCACCAAAGUGUUGAAGAAAACCACCGGAGAAGAUAACAAGAAGACUGAAAUGUUCAUGACAGCAAAUCGCACUGUUCGCACGGGUCUUACUGCGUCAGCCUCAUGGCUCUGGUCAACAGCCUUGCUCGGCUCAUCUUUUGUUGGUUAUGAUUAUGGUGUUGCCGGUCCAUUCUGGUUUGCUGCUGGUUGCAGUCCGAUGAUUGUGUUCUUCGCGUUGCUGGGAAUCUCUUGUAAACGGAAGAUCCCAGAAGCACAUACCUCGCUUGAAGUUGUUCGAAUUCGAUAUGGACGUGUCGCCCAUGUUGUUUUCAUGAUUUUGUGUUUGGUGAACAAUAUCUUUGCUUGUGCCAACAUGUUGCUUGGUGCUGCUGCUGUCAUUACUGCUGUUACCGGAAUGCACAUUAUAGCUGCGACAUUCUUGUUGCCAGUCGGAGUGACAGUCUAUACAUUUGUUGGUGGUAUCAAAGCAACCUUCUUAACUGAUUAUUUCCACACGGCAAUUAUCAUGAUCAUCGCCUGCUACUUUUCGGUGAAGGCCUUUUCUAUUGAAGAAGUUGGAUCUGUGGGCAAUCUAUUCGAACUUGUCCAGGCAGCUGCACAACGUCAUCCAGUUUCUGGUAAUCAGGAUGGGACUUAUUUGACUAUGACAUCGAAGGGUGCAAUUCUUUUUGGAAUCCUCCACACCCUUGGCAACUUUGGUCUAGUCAUUAUGGACACGAGUUAUUUUAUCAAAGCUUUCUCCGCCUCACCCGCUGCAGUAGUUCCCGGAUAUACCAUUGGUGGAAUUGCCUACUUCGCCAUUCCAUGGGGCCUCGGAACAGUGAUGAGCUCCAUUGCCUUGGGGCUCGAGAACCAACCCAAUUUCCCAACCUUCCCUCGGAGAAUGACCACAUCAGAGGUCAGCGGCGGCCUGGUUCUCCCCUAUGCAGCAAUUACAAUGGCAGGCAAAGGCGGCGCAGCAGCAGUGCUCCUCAUGACAUUCAUGGCAUGCACAUCAACGCUCUCAGCCCAAGUAAUCGCCGUUAGCUCAAUCCUCAGCUUCGACGUAUAUCGCGAGUAUUUCAAGAAAAAGGCGACAGACCGCGACCUGAUUCGAUCCAGCCAUUUUGGCGUCAUUUUCUUUGCUGCUUUCUCUGCUGGCUUUAGUACCAUGCUCCACUACGUGGGCAUAGAUUUAGGCUGGACACUAUACAUGCUCGGCGUCGUAACCUGCCCCGGAAUCUUCCCAAUGAUAUUCACAAUCCUCUGGAAACGCCAAAGCAAAGCAGCAGCCAUCCUGUCCCCAGUCCUCGGACUGGCAACAGGACUAGCAGUCUGGCUUGGAACAGCCUCACACUUCGGCGGCGAAGUAUCUGUCGCAUCAACAGGCGAAGUCCUCCCCUGUCUCUACGGCACGGUGGCGUCAUGCAUGUCCCCAAUCAUAUACUCCGUCCUAAUCACGCUUGUCAGACCGCAGAAUUAUAACUGGGAUGAUUUCAAGAAGGAGAAACUCGCGCUUGAGAAGAUCGAGAGUGAUUUGACUACUGUGCAUCACGACCAUGUUCCGCAAGCUGGGAAUGAGAGUCUUGAAGAUGGAGGUCAUGGGCCUGAGAGCAAGGAAUUGAAGCGAUGGGGCCGCAUUGCUGCUGUUUGGGCUGCGGCGACGUUUUUCGGUCAUUGGGUUAUUUGGCCAUUGCCAAUGUUCGGAUCAAGGUAUAUUUUCGGGAAAAGAUUUUACACGGCCUGGGUUGUUGUUGCCAUUAUCUGGCUCUGGCUUAGUAUGCUCGUCGCUAUUUUCUAUCCUAUUUUUGAUGGUGGUAUUCAGCAGAUUCGCGAUGUCUAUCGUGGACUGAGAGGACGGGAUAAUAUCGCUGGUACUGUCGCUAGUCAAGAGAAGGGUGGAACCAGUGCUUCGCCUUCUGCUGGGUCUAUCAGCGAUGCUACACGCACCGGGGAUGUUCAAGAAAUCAAGGGUUGA